AUGAAGACAACACUGGUAUUUCUGUGUGCUUUUGUGUCUACAAUUGCCCUUGCAGUGCGCGCUACUCCUGCCAUCAGUUCUAACGAAAAUACGAUUCCCGCCAUUAAUCGCAAUCAAUUGGAGGAGGGCUUUCUAAGAAAGUUGAAUAUAAAAUGUAGUCAAAGAGAUAAUCACUCAUGUAUGAUGUUGAAAUUAAUUGUAUAUAUGAAUCGAAUAUUUAAAAAGUCAUCUAUAGAAGUGAAUAAGAAAGUAACAGUAACACAAAACCGCGAUAUUGAUGACAUACCCAAUGACCCGGAUGACGAUAUAUUAUUGGCCCGUUCCAUAGAUUCAGAUGAUGAAACCUUGGGUCUAAUAGUGGCUAAUAAACUGUGGAAAUUUAUUAGAUCACGCACGUUACGCUAUAAAUUUAGUGAUAAUGCUGAUUUUGUUGUGAAUACCGAGCCAAAAGGUAAUUUAAAUUUUGGUGUUUCCAUUAGUCCGGUGGAGGCCUUGGAAGAGGGUCGUGGUAAAAUGAAAAAUUUGGCUCCGAUUUUAUUACUAAUGGCCGGCAAGGCAGGUCUAGUGGGUGCCAUACUACUUAAGGGUCUCUUCCUGUUGGCCGGUAAGGCAUUAAUUGUUUCCAAAAUAGCUUUACUACUGUCGGUGAUAAUUGCCUUGAAAAAGCUGUUGUCACAGAAAAAACACGUUGUAGAGGUGCCGCAUCAUGAUAGCUAUUCCAGCAGUGGUUGGGCUCGUGCCUUAGAUGGUUUUAUUGAGGGCAUGGCCGAGGUGCCGGCAAAAAUAUUAGCCGAAGAGGCUCAUGAUAUGGCGUUUAAUGGUCAGAAACCGGAUGAAUCAUAA